AUGGGACCCACACUCCUCUGCCUGGCGGCCCUGUGUGUCCUGGGAGCAGGCUCUGUGGACACCGAGGUCACCCAGUCUCCAGGACAGCUGGUCAGAGGGACAAAGCAGAAAGCAAGGAUGGAGUGUGUCCCCAUCAAAGGACACAGUUAUGUUUACUGGUAUCGCCAGAAGCUGGGAGAAGAGCUCAAAUUUUUUAUUUAUUUUCAGAACCAAGAUAUUAUCGAUAAAUCAGAAAUGCCCAGUGAGCGGUUUUCAGCUCAGUGUCCCAAGAACUCACCGUGUAGCAUGGAGAUCGAGCCCACGGAGCUGGAGGACUCAGCCGUGUACUUCUGCGCCAGCAGCUCCGUGGACACCGAGGUCACCCAGAUUCCAGGACAGCUGGUCAGAGGGACAAAGCAGAAAGCAAGGAUGGAGUGUGUCCCCAUCAAAGAUCAUUACCGUGUUUACUGGUAUCGUCAGAAGCCAGGAGAAGACCUGAAGUUUAUGAUUUCUUUUCAGGAUGAAGAAGGCAGUGAUAAAUCAGGAAUGCCCAGUGAGCGUUUUUCAGCUAAAUGCCCCACAAACUCACCAUGUAGCAUGGAGAUCAAACCCACGGAGCUGGAGGACUCAGCCGUGUACUUCUGUGCCAGCAGCUCCGUGGACACCGAGGUCACCCAGACUCCAGGACAGCUGGUCAGAGGGACAAAGCAGAAAGCAAGGAUGGAGUGUGUCCCCAUCAAAGGACACAGUUAUGUUUAUUGGUAUCGUCAGAAGCUGGGAGAAGAGCUCAAGUUUAUGAUUUAUUUUGUGAAUGAAGAAGCCAGUGAUAAAUCAGGAAUGCCCACUGAGCGGUUUUCAGCUCAGUGUCCCAAGAACUCACCGUGUAGCAUGGAGAUCGAGCCCACGGAGCUGGAGGACUCAGCCGUGUACUUCUGCGCCAGCACCCAAGCCCGCCCAGUGCUGGGCCUGCGACCCGACCCGGGCUCUGCCAUGCACACCCCACUGCUGGCCUGCGCGCUCCUGUGUCUUCUGGGCACAGGCCAUGCAAAGACCGGAGUGACCCAGACUCCUAGACACGUUAUCGCCAAACUCGGGCAGACGCCAACGGUGGCCUGCUCACAGGACCUGGGCCAUGAAACCAUGUACUGGUACCGGCAGGACCUGGGCAGGGGGCUGCGCCUCCUCUAUUACUCAGCCGAUGCGGAUAUUGUGGACAAGGGGGAGCUCCCCGAUGGAUACCAGGUGACCCGAGACAGGAGGGAGCAGUUCCCGCUCACCCUGGAGUCUGCGGUCCCCAACCAGACCGCUCUGUACCUGUGCCCAGCAGCUAAGCCACAGUGCCAUGGGGACAGCUGCUCCCCAUGCACAAAGGGCUCCUCAGAGCAGAGACCCCGCCCAGGGAGCCCCAGGGGGGAGUGGGGGACCUUCCCCCCAUGGCAUCCCAGUGCAGCCCCAGGCAAGGUGUCCUGUUGCCUCCAGUGCCUGGGAGACACCAACGUGCAGUCAGGACUCAAGGAGAAUCAGAAGAAGGGUCCAUUCGCCCUCCACGCUGCCAUGGGGAACACGUUCCUCUGCAUCCUGACCUGCUCUUUCCUGGGGCUCACAGGCGCUCAGGUCACCCAGAGCCCCAGAUACCUGCUCACAGGCCCCGGGAGGAAAGUGCUGCUGACCUGCGUACAGCACCUACAACACGACAGGAUGUUCUGGUACCGACGAGACCCGGCUCUGGGGCUGCGCCUCAUCCAUUACUCAUAUGGUGCUGGCAGUACUGAGAAGGGGGAUGUCCCUGAUGGGUACAAUGUCUCCAGGGAGACAGUGGAGAGCUUCCCCCUGACCCUGGAGUCCACCAGCCCCAGCCAGUCGUCUGUGUACCUGUGUGCAAGCAGUACACGGCUGGUCAUCAGACAGAAAGCCGUUUUCUGGUCCCACUGA